GUGGCGGGGCCGGAGCCCGGCGGAGCCCGCGGAGCGGCGGUGGCAGGAGCAGGAACCGGAGCGCCGCCGCGCCGGCACCCGGAGAUGCCCUGCAUCCAGGCGCAGUGCAGCACCACGGGCGCCGGCCCCUGCGAGCGCUGCCCGGCCGAGCUGCUCAGCCCCGAGGGCGGCCGAUUCCCCAUGGAAGUUUCUGGAGCCGAUCUGGCGUCUUCCCCAGCCCUGCCCAGCUUCAGCACCUUCAUGGAGGGCUACGCCGGCGAGUUCGACGCCUUCCUCUACCAGCUGCCAGCAAGCGGCCAGCCCAGCACCACCACCGCCUUCAAGCUGGAGGACUUCCAGGUGUACGGCUGCUACCCCAGCGCCUUCGGGGGGCAGCCGGACGAGACCCUGUCCUCCAGCGGCUCGGACUGCUACGGGAGCCCCUGCUCCAUCCCCUCGCCCGCCACGCCGGGCUUCCAGCCCCCGCAGGCCCCGGGCUGGGAGGGCUCCUUCGGGCCCUACUCGCCGCUGCCGAACUACGAGGGUGGGCAGCCCUGGGCUGAGCCAGCCAAGGGCGGGGGGUCGCAGCCGCCUUUCUUCGCCUUCGGACCCCCGGCCCCCAGCCCCGGUGGGUCCCCCGCGAGCCUGAAGGGGCAGCUCGGCGCCUCGCCGCGCGUGGACCCGCGGCUGCUGGACACGGACGCCUUCCCCCCGAGCCAGGGGCCUGCCAGGGGUUUCGGGGGGCUGCCCCUGGCCCCCGGCUCGGCGCUGCUGGAGGGGCCGGCGCUGGCGCCCACCAAGGUGCGCAGCCCCGGGGCGGGCGAGGGCCGCUGCGCCGUCUGCGGGGACAACGCGUCCUGCCAGCACUACGGCGUGCGCACCUGCGAGGGCUGCAAGGGCUUCUUCAAGCGCACAGUGCAGAAGAACGCCAAGUACAUCUGCCUGGCCAACAAGGACUGCCCUGUGGACAAGCGGCGCAGGAACCGCUGCCAGUUCUGCCGCUUCCAGAAGUGCCUGGCCGUCGGCAUGGUCAAAGAAGUGGUCCGGACCGACAGCCUGAAGGGGCGGCGGGGCCGUCUCCCCUCCAAGCCCAAGCAGCCGCCGGACGCGUCCCCGGUCAGCCUCAUCACCUCGCUGGUGCGGGCUCACAUCGACUCCAUCCCCAGUGCCACCAAGCUCGACUACUCCAAGUUCCAGGAGUCAGCCCCGUGCCCGUUUGAGAAGGAGGACUCGGUGGACGUGCAGCAGUUCUAUGACCUGCUCACCGGCUCCAUGGACGUCAUCCGCAAGUGGGCCGAGAAGAUCCAGGGCUUCACCGAGCUGCCCAAGGAGGACCAGGACCUCCUGCUGGAAUCAGCCUUCCUGGAGCUCUUCAUCCUGCGCCUGGCAUACCGCUCCAAGCCGGAGGAAGGGAAACUCAUCUUCUGCAACGGCGUGGUGCUGCACCGGCAGCAGUGCGUGCGUGGCUUCGGGGAGUGGAUCGACGCCAUCCUCGAGUUCUCCCAGAGCCUGCACCGCAUGAGCGUCGACGUCCCCUCCUUCUCCUGCCUCGCCGCCCUCGUCAUCAUCACAGACCGGCACGGGCUGAAGGAGCCCAAGCGGGUGGAGGAGCUGCAGAACCGCAUCGUGGGCUGCCUCAAGGACCACGUGGCGGCAGCAGGGGCUGAGCCCGGCCGCUCCAGCUGCCUCUCCAAGCUGCUGGGGAAGCUGCCCGAGCUGCGCAGCCUCUGCACCCAGGGCCUCCAGCGCAUCUUCUACCUCAAGCUGGAGGAUCUGGUGCCGCCGCCGCCCAUCGUUGACAAGAUCUUCAUGGACACUCUGCCUUUCUGAGUCCCAGGCGAGGGGCUGCCAUCAGCUCCUGACCUGCCUGGGGACAUUUGGGACCCGCCCUGGGCAACCCUGGUUCAGUCCAAGGAUGCCUGGGAGCCCCCUGGGCACCCCUGGGUCACCCCUGGGAUGCCUGGAACAUCCCCUGGGUACCCUAGAUCAGCCCUGGGAUGUUCCCACCCUAUGGGUGACCCCCAUAAUGCCCAGAAACCACCUGGGCAUCCCUAGAUCACUCCCAGGAUGCCUGGAACACGCCCUGGUCACUCCUGGAUCAGUCCUGGGAUGCCCAGGACAUCCCUGUGGACUCCUGAAUGACCUCUGGGACACUGGGACCCCCCUGGGCCAUUCCCAAGACUUUAUGUAUACCCCUGGAUCACCCCCAGAAUGCCUGGAAACCCCACCCCGGGUCAUCCACAGGAUGCCUGGGACCCCCUGGGCACUCCUAGCUCACUCCUGGAAUGCCUGGGACCACCCCUGCAUCACUCCAGGGAUGCCUGGGAUCCCCUCUGGAUCACUCCCAGGAUAUCUGGGUCCCUCCUCAGAUGCCUGAGUCUUCUUGGGGGCACCCUCGGGGGUGCCCCAUGUGCCUUCACGGCCCAGGGUGCAGCCUGGCAGCAGCCCGGGUGCCGUCUUCCCCGGGGGCAUCGCCGGCGCGGUGCCCCCUUCCCCUGUAAAAACGCCCCUGAUGUAAAUAGCGCCGGCCGGGUCCUGUACAGAGCGAGGGGCGCGGGCGGGGGGUGGCUCCGGCCCCCUCAACCUCGGCCCCUUCCCCUUUAUAUAUAUUUUUCUGGGUUUCCCCCUUUUUGGCCGUUUUCUGUAUAUAAACUUGUACGUACAGUGAGAGCCA